ACUGAGUGCUGCACACGUUUUGUUUUGUUUACCCGAGCUAGCCAGAGCUAGCCGACAGACUCAAAGCCGCACGUUCAGCUGAACUGAUACUAGAACACAAUGAAGCCCGCAGUGGACGAGAUGUUCCCUGAAGGAGCCGGACCGUACGUGGAUCUGGACGAGGCAGGAGGCAGCAGCGGCCUGCUGAUGGACCUGGCAGCCAAUGAGAAAGCAGUGCACUCUGACUUCUUUAACGACUUUGAGGAUCUGUUCGAUGACGAUGACCUGCAGUGACGACAGCAGCUGACCUCCUGCGUGUUCCUGUGAACGUGUGAAGAAGAAAAGAAAUCAUGAAAAUGGGCUUAUUCUUAAGUUCUUUGUUAUUUGUACAGCUCCCUCCUCCUACAUGUCACUCACCACUGUAAAGAGAUAAAGAUCUUUUUUUUGUCUUGGUAAA